AUGUAUCAGCGUGCGCUCCUUUUCUCCGCCCUGGCGGCGGCAGCUCGUGCCCAGCAAGCUGGCACAUCGACAGCUGAGACCCAUCCCUCUUUGUCCUGGCAAAAGUGCAGUGAUGGAGGCAGCUGCACUGACCAGCAGGGAUCUGUGGUCAUUGAUGCUAACUGGCGCUGGCUUCACUCCGUCGAUGGUUAUGACAACUGCUACACUGGCAACGAGUGGGAUACGUCUCUCUGCCCCGAUGACCAGACUUGCGCCGAAAACUGUGCUCUCGACGGCGCAGACUAUUCCGGCACGUACGGCAUCACCACCUCCGGUGACGCUCUCAGCUUGACCUUCGUCACUGGCGCCAACGUUGGCUCUCGCGUGUUCCUGAUGGAGGACGAUGAGAACUACCAGAUGUUCAAGCUGCUCAACCAGGAGUUCACCUUCGAUGUGGAUGUCUCCCAGCUGCCUUGCGGACUCAACGGAGCCCUGUACUUCGUCAACAUGGAUGCGGACGGUGGCAUGUCGAAGUAUGAGGGCAACAAGGCCGGCGCCAAGUAUGGAACUGGUUACUGUGAUUCUCAGUGCCCUCGCGACCUGAAGUUCAUCAACGGCGAGGCCAACGUGGAGGGCUGGGAGCCUUCCGAGAAUGACCAGAACGCUGGUGUGGGCCAGUACGGAGCUUGCUGUCCUGAGAUGGAUAUUUGGGAGGCCAACAGCAUUUCCACCGCCUUCACCCCUCACCCUUGCGACGACCAGGAACUCACCAGGUGCGAGGGUGACACCUGCGGUGGAACUUACUCCUCCGACCGCUACGCAGGCACCUGCGAUCCCGAUGGAUGUGACUUCAACUCCUACCGCCUGGGCAACGACUCGUUCUUCGGACCGGGCAGCAUGGUCGACACCGGCUCUAAGAUCACCGUCGUCACUCAGUUCGUUACCAGCGAUGGCACCGACACUGGCAGCCUCAGCGAGAUCCGACGUGUCUACGUUCAGAACGGACAGGUCAUUGCUAACUCCGCCUCUGAGAUCAGCGGUAUUACCGGAGACUCUAUCACCACGGACUUCUGCUCCGCACAGAAGACUACAUUCGGCGAUGAGGAUAUCUUCUCCCAGCACGGUGGUCUCUCUGGCAUGGGCAAGGGCUUGGAGCAGGGUAUGGUUCUUGUCAUGAGCUUGUGGGAUGACCACAACUCCAACAUGCUCUGGUUGGACAGCGAGGCCUACCCCGUUGAUGCCGAUCCAUCCACCCCUGGUGUUGCUCGCGGCUCAUGCGCCACAACCUCUGGCGACCCAGCCACUGUUGAGUCUGAGUCUGGCUCCGCCAAGGUGACCUUCUCCAACAUCAAGGUCGGCCCCAUUGGCUCCACCUACUCUUCCUAA